UCAUUGGUGGAUUUUUCCUCCAUCCGUGCCCACUCGCUCGUCAGGAGGCCGCCCAUGCCUCCAGCUUCCGCUCGCAUUGUAGGGUGGUCCAGAAGAAGGAUACAGCGGAGCGAAAAUGGGAGUAGAAAUUCAGACUAUAACUCCGGGUGAUGGGCGGACUUUUCCGAAGAAGGGACAGCGCGUCGUGGUGCACUAUGUCGGCACACUGGCAGACGGGAAAGUGUUUGACUCUUCGAGGUCCCGGGGCAAGCCGUUCAAAUUUAAGAUCGGACACCAGGAGGUGAUUCGGGGAUGGGAAGAAGGAGUAGCCCAGAUGAGUGUGGGUCAGCGGGCAAAGCUUAUUUGCUCACCAGACUACGCCUAUGGCAGCAAAGGUCACCCAGGGAUCAUCCCACCAAAUGCCACUCUCACCUUUGAUGUGGAGCUGAUUGGUCUGGAGGCCUGAAACUUGUGCACUCAACUUUAAUUCCACUCAGAUUUUCAGGGUUGACUCCUAUCUCGGGAACAUGGAGGAAAAAGGUUAACAAAUGAUUCCUGCUCUUGAUUCCUGCAUAGGACCUAUGUCUGUUGUUACACUAUUUCACUCUCCUUUACAUUUAUAUACAAGUCCUGUUUUGUCACUUGCUUUAAAACUUAUAUUAUACUUUAGAUUCCAGACAGUAAUAAGUCAUAGGCCAUCUUAUCACAUGUAUUUUGUCAUAUACUGCUUUGUAUUUUUAUGGUCAUAUUUUUUUUUGACUUAAAAUUGACUUUAUUGCCGCUGUUUGACUGACUAAAUGCAUCUGCCACCAGGACCACGUUUUAAGUGUCAUAAAUACUGAAUCAGUCUCAUUCCUGUGGCUUUGUGGCCUUUACAAUAAAAUUGUAUUGAUUGCGGGUAAUGAAUUGUCUUGAUUCAAAAUAAGAAUAAAUUGUUUGACACAAUA